GCGCCCCCUGGUGGUCAGUCAGUACAACCGCUACUACCCACUGUAGUACUAGUACGUGGAUUUUUCACGUAUAAAUGUCCUUUAAAGUAUUUUCCAGACUCGCGGUAGGUACCUUGCGGCUGAAGCCUCCUCCCCCCGCCUUCAGCGCGUCGACCUCCGGCUGCAGUUUAACGGUGAAACACGACCGCCCGAACCGGCGCUUCACCGUCAGUCCGGGCAGCGAGGCCGACUGCGCUGUGCUGCUCUACAGAUUCACCGGCGAGAAGGAGGUGGAUUUAAUAUCGACCUACGUGCCAGAGACAUUCAGGGGCCGCGGUGUCGCUGCUCUUCUGUCCCGGGCUGCAAUGGAGUUCCUGCUGGAAGAAAACCUCAAGGCUCAUAUCUCCUGUUGGUAUAUAAAGAAAUACAUCAGAGACAACCCGCAACAACGUUAUGAACAACGUGUCAUUGACUGACAGAUAAUUCAGAACAAUUUUAAAGAAACAUCCUUUUAUUCAUGGUAUAUAUGAGACGUUAUGUAAAAUCUCCUUCUGGGUUUGAAGACGUUCUUCAACCUCAAAAUAAUCACUGUCUUUUUUUUCCUCAUAAAAUAUGAAUAUUUAUUAAUUAUUCUCAUGUUUAGCAAGGGAGGUGUUAUUGUUAUUGAUAAUGUCUGCACACUUGAACAACUACUAAACUUUUUGAUUAUACUAUUUGAUUAAAAUGUACAUUUUUGGAAAUGUC